UCACAAUUCCUGCUACUUUUGCAGGAAAAUCGCAUUUGUGAGGUUAAGUCAUGGAUUUGUUGCAGGAAUUGAUCAUAGUUUCGGAAAAAGCGGCAAAUAUUGCCCGAUUGUGCCGCCAAAACCACCACUUGUUCAAUCUUCUCAUCCAGAAGAAGAGCGAAAGAGAGGCAAAUUCGCGAUUUGUUGAAGAUUUCAAGACUUUGGCCGACGUCCUCAUCCAGCAGUUGGUGCAACACGACAUUGGCGCAAAAGUAAUACAGUUCCCUGCACUCAAAUCGUCCAUUUUCGGCGAAGAAACCAACACUUUUCUUAACAAACUCGGGGAUUCCAUCACUGUUGAAAUAAAAGACACUCGAGAGGCCACAGCCGACUUGCUCCGUAUUGUUUUAAAUCAAGAUAGCCAAGCUGCGGAUUUGUUAGCGCACGAGGUGCAUAAUGAAGUUUUACUACUCGAGACGAGGCAAAAUCCGAGCAUUGAGUUUACUCUGGGCGAGGAAAUUGGGGUUUGGGUAGACCCAAUUGAUUCCACAGCCGAGUAUAUUAACGGGAUUGAGGAAACUACUAAUGGGAUUACUAUAAGAGGUUUAAAGUGUGUCACGGUUCUUAUAGGGGUUUUUGAUAAAAAGACAGGACUUCCUGUGGUGGGGGUAAUAAAUCAGCCUUGGGGGACUUGUUUCUGGGGGCAUCCCCUUGAAACCAACCUCCCUCCAACACCCCCCAGCACCAAAACCGUAUGUGUUAGCAGUAGCGAAACACCUGAGGUUAUAACCAAACUAACCGAAAACGGUUAUAACCUAAUUGAGGCGUCAGGUGCCGGUUAUAAAAUCCUAACGGUUAUAACCGGUCAAGCUGAUGCUUAUAUUUUAACAAAAGAUACGACUUUUAAAUGGGAUACUUGUGGCCCUCAAGCCAUUUUAAGAGCCCUAGGGGGCGAUAUUGUCGUCUAUGGGGACGCCUUAAUAAAUAACUCUAUAACUAGUGUUACAUACACUGAAAAAAAAGUAUGUAACUCGGGUGGGAUUAUUGCAUUUAGGAGUGUGGAAAUUUUGAAUGAAUUGAUUCGAAUUUUGAGGUUAUAGUUUUAUUAUUGAGGCCAAACGAUUUUUUCGAUCCAAGGUACGUAAUAUGAGACUCUGGUGUAGACCCCAGGACUGUUUGGGAUACCACAAAUCUUUCCAAAGGACGUGAUCCCGACUAAAUAUAGGACGUCAAUUCGGAUUUGAAGGGGACCCCCCGAAUCGCCCUAGAAAAUAAGAAAAUUAUGCAACCGAUGCAACGUUGCCACAUUAUUAUAAGUUAUAAUACAGUGUUGCCAAAAUAAACGUGUAUUUUUACUGCAAUGUUGCCAACCUGACACGUGUCUUUCUCGGUGGUGCGACUCCCUGCACAUAUCUGGCUCUUGUCGUCGAUCCCCUUUGACAGGUAUUCACUGGCAACGUUGGCGUAAUUUUGGCGGCAAAUUUGAUUUGAAAAAUACUCCAAGUCGACUUUCAUCAAAAUAUCGCUCUGGGGACCCUCGACUUCGGUCUUGCCCCAUCCUGUCGCAAUGAAAUUGUAAUUGGGCAAGUUUGUCAGGGUUUCCAAACAAAUGGGGGCUAUAGAAGGGCUAAAUUGGACAUCCUUGUCCAAUUUGAUUAAAGCUAUAUCGUCGUAUUGCGCCGGCGCGUGGUAAUUCGGGUGUAUGAUUUUUUGAGACACUGUGUAAUCCUGGGCUUGGGCGUCAUCUGCCACACUUUGAAGGUCAAGGUCACCGAGUCUAACCUUGACUAAUUCACCCCUGAAACAAAACUGUCAAAAAUUCGAAUUUUGGAAAUAAAAUGGCGGACAAAUUUGAUGUUGCUAGGCAAUGAGCGGCUGUCAAAACAUAACGUUCACUGAUUAAACUCCCACCGCAGAGCCAUUCAAUUGGUUGGCCGUAACCCAAGGCCGCCUAGAAUAAAAGAACUAGGGAUUUUAGUUUUUUUAGUCAGUGAUUGGGUUACCAUGUGGGGGAAUUCCCGGCUUUGAGAGGCGCUACCACCAAAAAUGUAGGUUACAACAGAGGCGCGUUUUUUGAUCCGGUGUUUGUACUCUUCACAUUCUAGAACAGAAUUUGAGUAUUUGGGGGAUUUCACACUUUGUGGUUACUUGUAGUGGCGGCGCUGACGCGAGUUGGGGGGGUUUGUGUCGGAAUGGUUGGUACCGGAAAAGGAACUACAAUCAAUUAAUUAAAUUGAGUUAACUGUGUCAUUACUAGUGGUUGGUCGAUUUGUUUGCACAAUGGGGCUUGGGGUGCUGUUCGGAGUCACGAUUUUUUUACAUCCAGUAGCCGUUUUACAGAAACCUGUAAUAUUGCCUACGGUAAUUGUUUUUUUUUGGGGAGUUUUACCUGAUUGUGAGUAAAUUUGGGCUUCGUUGAGGGAAAUAAAGACAAAUAGAGACAAUGUAGACCAAAUCAUGGCGAAUUGUAAACUGUUUAAAGGUUAUUUUUGUAAGCAAGUUGCGUGAAGUGUCACCGGACGUAAAUAUUUGGUACAAUGCAAAAAAUUGGUUUUAAUUUGUGUGUUGUUACUCGAUAAUUUACCAAAAUUGUACUUUUGACCUAUUUCACGAUAAUUGAGUAGUUUUAUGGGGAAUUUCAAAACAAAAUAAUAGAAAAAAAACUUUAUUCAACUCGUAAUAAAAAAUUAUGGCGACUUGGACCACGACCUCCCCUUCUCCCCACUCCUUGGCAUCGACCACGACUUAGACCUCCUCCUCAAACUCCUCGGCGAGACAAACUUCGAACUAUCCACACUUUUAGACCUCGUUUUUGACCUCCGCGACCUUUUUCUCGUCCUCUUGGGCGUGUACGACCUUGACGAUGACCUACUAUACGACCGAUGUCUCGAUUUCGACCUCGAACGACUAUAACUCCUCCUUGACCUCGACCUUGUUCGUGACCUUGACCUUCGAUCAUGCUCCGAGAAGAAUUUCGAAAAGUAGCGCAUAUACUGCUCCUCCAUUUCGGGGGAAUAAUGCGAGUACUUCCCCCGAUAACCCCCUCGGUAGCGCGACCGGAAACCCCGACCCCGGAAAGGCCGACCUCGAGACGGACCCGGGAGGGGGUACCGGCCACGAGGGGGGUACACGUGAAUAGGGGGCGGGUAAA